UUUGUGGUGACUGUGAUGCUGGAGAGGUUCCGGAGCUCUUCGGUCCUUGGAUGCAUUGUCGGAUCUGCAUCACUUGGGAAGGUGUUGCUGUGUGUGUGCUCAGGGAUAUGCAGCACCCUGUGGCUGUCCUGGGCUCCUGUCAGCUCCCGAAGCAUUGAUUUAUGGGGAGGGGAAGGAAAGGUGUCAGGGCAAUUGUUAUUUGGGUCCUUUUGUGUUUGUGCAAAUCCCAGGUUGGGCAUUUGUUGCUGUGUAUCCAAAGGGAAUGUUUCUCUUCUUUUCCUGUUCUGUAAUAUACAUCCUGGGAGCCACAGGCAUCCUCAUCCCGAGUGUGACUGGGAAAUGCCCCUGAGCCUGAGGUGUGUGCAGGGAGGAAGUGGUGCUGAGGGGGACGUUGGCCGUGGUUUCAGCAGGGUGUCACAGGGUUGUGUCCAUAGUGACAGUGUUCCCUGUCCCUUCCCUGGUGGCACAGCUCCUGAGUCACACAGGAGGUGUUCCCAGGCCCCACUGAUGGGUGUCCUGUGUCCCAUGUCACAGGGGCGGUGCUGUCCCACGCUGGUGUCCUCUGAGGCCCUGUCCCUGCUUCCCACCCACCCCUUACUUACAGGGAGUAAACAAACAGGGAGAGAGACCUGAGCGGCUGGGGGGGGCACUGUGGGGAAGGCAAAGCCAAGCCAUGGAUAUCCCUAAUUGCAGAAGAGGCAGCCUUCCUUCUUCCCAGCCUGGAAAGGUCUGGAAGUUGCUGUUCUUUGGGAAGCUGGGUGAGCUGUUUGCUGUGAGAGGUUGAGAGGAGGUGCCUGUGCACUUGGAGCAGUGUGAGGAAAGGGAGCCACUGUGGAGAAGUUGGUGGAGAGCUGUGUGCCAUGUGAGGGAUGGCAGGCGUGGGGCAGGGGAAGGAAUUAAAUGUUUUGAGGACCAGCCUCUGCCCGAAUUGAGGUACAAACAAGACCGUAAGCCAAAGUCAAUAGUAUGGAUUUUCUUAACUGUAAAUGUGACAGAAAUGGAAAAAGGGAAGGGAGAAGGGAACAUGGUGACAGAUUAGGUGGAAAAUAUCAGUGCUCCAUGAAUGGCAAGGGCAUCCCUUUGGGCUUCUCCAUCUAGUCAUCUUGGUGAGGAUCCCCCCAUGGGUCCAAGGGAUUAUUAUUCAUGACAGUCAGGUGGGAAUGCCCAGGUAGGGGGUCGAGGGGAGGGUGGCAAGUUUGAGACAGUGUCUCCCAGCAGGCACUGGAUCUGUUGCAUCACCUUGCUUCAUAUCCAGGGCUGUGGUAAAGGCCGCAGGAAAUGAAAGUCUGAGGAGCUUAGGAGGUCAUUGAUGGUUUCUUGCCCCUCCUCAUCUGCCCUUCAUGUGAAUGUCCCAUGUGUGUUUGGCCUGCCUGUGUUAGGGGUUUUACAACUGAGCUGUUUUGUGUAAGAGAGGUUGGGUGUUCACCACCUCUGACCAGAAGUUGUGGCACACACCAAAAUCCUCUCCUCCAAGCCUUUGGCUGGUGGGAGUGAGUGCAAAGCUCAGGGGAUUGGGUCUGUGGGCUAUGGCCUCCACCACGAAAAGGCCACCCAGAGGUGAUUUUCAGGAAAGCUGCUGGGUUUCGUUUUCUGGGGAAUACUUGCUUCUCCCUCAGCCUUGUUUCCUUCUCUCUAGACCCGAGAUAAUAAAAAACCAAUCUCCCCUGUAUCUAUCUCAGGCUCCCUUAGGCGGCUUAAGUCCAAAGUUGCCCUCAGCAGGCAUGUGCAGGAAGGGGUGGGCUUCAGUGGUAGCAGCAUCUUUACGAAGUUCAGCCAUAAAGGGCAAAAAAUCCUUCCUAGCGCAGUUUGAGCCCUUGAGUGCAAUGUUUCCGUCUGUCAGAGACGGGAGGAGAGGGGGCUGGGGGUGGAAGGCGUUGGAGGCGGCUGAGGGCGGGUGCCUGUGCCGGCUCGUCCCGCCCCGGCGCGGCCGGAUGUCCCUUGGAGCGGAGCGGGCGGCGGCAGCGGGCGCGUGGUGUGCGGUUGAGCCUGGGACGUUCUGGCCUGCCCAGAUGUAUGAUCCAGCAUUUUGGAGAGCCCCUGUGGCUGGGGUUCCCAGUGGUGUCCAGUUGAGCCUGGGACGUUCUGGCCUGCCCAGAUAUAUGAUCCAGCAUUUUUGGAAGUCCCCAUGGCUGCAGGUCGGAGUGGUGUAUGUCAGGUGUGCGGUUGAGCCUGGGACGUUCUGGCCUGCCCAGAUGUAUGAUCCAGCAUUUUGGAGAGCCCCUGUGGCUGGGGUUCCCAGUGGUGUCCAGUUGAGCCUGGGACGUUCUGGCCUGCCCAGAUAUAUGAUCCAGCAUUUUUGGAAGUCCCCAUGGCUGCAGGUCGGAGUGGUGUAUGUCAGGUGUGCGGUUGAGCCUGGGACGUUCUGGCCUGCCCAGAUGUAUGAUCCAGCAUUUUGGAGAGCCCCUGUGGCUGGGGUUCCCAGUGGUGUCCAGUUGAGCCUGGGACGUUCUGGCCUGCCCAGAUGUAUGAUCCAGCAUUUUGGAGAGUCUCCAUGGCUGGGGUUCCCAGAGGGGUUUGUCAGGUGUGCGGUUGAACCUGGGAUGUUCUGGCCUACACGGAUGUAUGAUCCAGCAUUUUGGAGAGCCCCUGUGGCUGGAGGUCCUGCUGAAGUGUGUCAGGUGAGGUUUGGGGUGACUCAGGUGCUGGUGAGGUCCUGGGUCUCUUUAGGUUUUGGAUGCAUUGUCGGAUCUGCAUCACUUGGGAAGGUGUUGCUGUGUGUGUGCUCAGGGACACGCAGCUCCCUGUGGCUGUCCUGGGCUCCUGUCAGCUCCCGAAGCAUUGAUUUAUGGGGAGGGGAAGGAAAGGUGUCAGGGCGAUUGUUAGUUGGUGUCCUUUUGUGUUUGUGCAAAUUCCAGGUUGAGUAUUUGUUGCUGUGUAUCCAAAGGGAAUGUGGCCCUUCUUUUCCAGUUCUUUAAUAUACAUCCUGGGAGCCACAGGCAUCCUCAUCCCGAGUGUGACUGGGAAAUGCCCCUGAGCCUGAGGUGUGUGCAGGGAGGAAGUGGUGCUGAGGGGGACGUUGGCCGUGGUUUCAGCAGGGUGUCACAGGGUUGUGUCCAUAGUGACAGUGUUCCCUGUCCCUUCCCUGGUGGCACAGCUCCUGAGUCACACAGGAGGUGUUCCCAGGCCCCACUGAUGGGUGUCCUGUGUCCCAUGUCACAGGGGCGGUGCUGUCCCACGCUGGUGUCCUCUGAGGCCCUGUCCCUGCUUCCCACCCACCCCUUACUUACAGGGAGUAAACAAACAGGGAGAGAGACCUGAGCGGCUGGGGGGGGCACUGUGGGGAAGGCAAAGCCAAGCCAUGGAUAUCCCUAAUUGCAGAAGAGGCAGCCUUCCUUCUUCCCAGCCUGGAAAGGUCUGGAAGUUGCUGUUCUUUGGGAAGCUGGGUGAGCUGUUUGCUGUGAGAGGUUGAGAGGAGGUGCCUGUGCACUUGGAGCAGUGUGAGGAAAGGGAGCCACUGUGGAGAAGUUGGUGGAGAGCUGUGUGCCAUGUGAGGGAUGGCAGGCGUGGGGCAGGGGAAGGAAUUAAAUGUUUUGAGGACCAGCCUCUGCCCGAAUUGAGGUACAAACAAGACCGUAAGCCAAAGUCAAUAGUAUGGAUUUUCUUAACUGUAAAUGAGACAGAAAUGGAAAAAGGGAAGGGAGAAGGGAACAUGGUGACAGAUUAGGUGGAAAAUAUCAGUGCUCCAUGAAUGGCAAGGGCAUCCCUUUGGGCCUCUCCAUCUAGUCGUCUUGGUGGUGAGGAUCCCCCCAUGUGUCCAGUGUGUUGAGAUCGGCGGAAGAAAUGCAGCACUCAAUAUGAGUGAUCAGAAAAUCUCAGAACUUUAUUGAUAGGCACAUACAUUUAUAUUGGUGUUAAUGAGGCUAAUACAUAUUGCAAAAAGCGAGCUCAUUUAUUGGUUAGUUACUUAUCAGCUAACUACGCCUGCCUUAGCAUUCUUGUGACUACUAUGUUGCAGCUAUUCUCAUCUUUUCUUCGUAUUUCUAACUAAUGAUCCUCUCCCCCAUCCUGAUGUUGCACCAAGGGCACAGUGCCCUUGCCUGAUUUAGACACUGACUGCUGGCUCCUAUACCUGUGUCCUUCUUCCUUAACUAACGGUAUUAUGUCAGUGUGACCUUUGUCAGCUAGCCAGCUGUUCACAAAAUCCUCCACACUUCCCCUGUUUUUCUGUUGCACAAGCAUGGUCUGAUUAGAUGGAGCAAGUCUCAUUCUUUGAACCAUGUUCUGUAAGCACAUGCAAAAAUAAGGCAAAACUAACACUACCAACAAAGCUAUAAUGCCUACUAUAAUGCUGACUCUAACAAUAGAGCGUAACCAUGUUCCCAGGCCUAAAGAUUUGAGCCACUCAUCAAUACCAGAGCCGGAUUCUACCUGUAAGUUUCCAGUUAAGCUUCGCAGCUCAGAGAGCUGGGAGUGGAUGGACUGGGAAUGAUCAGAGAGGUUCAUGCAACACAUGCCCUCAAAUUCUUCACAACCAUGGCCUUGUGCCAGUAAAAGGAAGUCAAUUGCAGCUCUAUUCUGAAGCGUUGCAUGCUGAACAGAAUCAACAUCAAGCAAAAGGCUAGAAAGUGCCAGAGAAGUGGCCUUAGUUUGUUUAGCAAGCCAGCAUCCUAGCUUGUUUAAAAUGGCAUGGGCACCUGCUGCUGAUAGCCCUGGAGCCAAAAAGGAUGCUGCCACUAUUGCCCCUGGAGACCAAAAUGUUACAUUGUCUUUGCAGUCAGCAGUAAAUGCCUGGCCUAUUCUUUUAAUUCUAUGAUAGUGGCGGCUCAUAUUCAAGAUCAUGGACGUAUUGGGUGUGAGUAGAGACAAGCAUCCAAUUGUACAUGGCCUCCGCUCAGCAUCGAUGGGACACCGGCCAAGCAUGGUCCCCACAUAUUAAAAAGUAACCUGCUGGUAAUUGAAUAGGGUCGUUUGAUGAGAUUGACACCCUCUUUGUGGUAUAAUUGCACCAGGCUGUUGCAUUACGGUAAAUGGCCAUGCUGGAAGUUACAAUAGUAGAAUAGUUCUUGGCUGGCAGCUGACUUUUAUGCUUAAACCUAAGGCACGCAUCCGCCAUCACUGAGCCUAAGAGUUCCAAUUCUUGGGGUUCCUGCGGUGCUAUAGGAAAAUGAGAAAUCCAUUGGUCCCAGUUAUCUACACUGACCCUGUCGUCAUUGGUUUUGCAGGUGGGUAUUUUUGAUGGGCAUGGCCAGGGAUCCGCCGGUAGCCAAACCAAAGAGGUUGUAAAUGGAUUACCGGGAGAAGAUAAUGACACCAGUGGAUUAUUAUUGAUGACAGUCAGGUGGGAUUGCCCAGGUAGGGGGUCGAG